UAAAGACGCACAGGAAGCAAUCUGACGUAACUAAAAUUCCAAAGAUGGCGGCGUUAGCUGCGCCCCGCCUGGCCCUGUUUGGCUCCUUUUCAACAAGGCCCAUUUCAGCGUUUGCUAUUCAACAGAAGAAUCUGCACAGCGCUGCAAAACAUGAGAAUGCCACCACAAGUGUGGUUCCUGUAAGAGAGAAGAGCACGGCGGUGGCAGCAGCUAAACCAGCAGCUGUGGCCAGCAGCAAGGGGGAGUAUAUUAUCACUAAACUGGAUGAUUUAGUGAACUGGGCGCGCAGGAGCUCUCUGUGGCCUAUGACCUUCGGUUUGGCAUGCUGCGCGGUGGAGAUGAUGCACAUGGCAGCCCCCCGUUACGACAUGGACCGAUUCGGAGUGGUAUUCAGAGCGAGUCCCCGACAGGCUGAUGUCAUGAUUGUGGCAGGAACGCUAACCAAUAAGAUGGCUCCAGCUCUGCGCAAGGUGUACGACCAGAUGCCUGAACCCAGAUACGUCAUCUCUAUGGGCAGUUGUGCAAAUGGAGGAGGCUACUACCACUAUUCAUACGCUGUCGUCAGAGGUUGUGAUCGAAUUGUACCAGUGGACAUUUAUGUUCCAGGUUGUCCACCCACUGCAGAGGCUCUUCUUUAUGGGACUUUACAGCUGCAGAAGAAAAUUAAGCGUGAGAAGAAAAUGAAGAUCUGGUAUCGGAAGUGAAUGUGUUCUAUAUGUGUGUGUAUCUGCUAUGUAAAUCUUGUAUUUUGGUUUAAUUUGGAGCACUGCUCCUCCUCCACAUAGAGCUUCAGGAACUAACUUCAGUAAAAUUCCUGUUAUAAACGCACAGAAUAAUGCUGCUUAUUUUCAGCCUAACACAGUAGCUGUCAAUCUGUUCAGUUUUACUUCUUCCUUAGUCCAAAGUUAACAUCUGGAGACUUUCUGUAACAGGAAACAUAAAAAACAAGUGUUCAAGUAGCCAUGUGCAGAUCUUUUCCUCCCUGUCAAAUAAAACUUUGUGAGGCUAAGAGAUGAGUGUUAUCCUGUAUUAUCUUAAAUAUUUUAAAUAAACUGGGCUCAAGAAAACACUA